AUGGAACGUAUUCUUCGUGCUACAAAUUAUCCAUAUUUAUAUGGACUUGGCUUAUAUGGUGUUAGUGUAGAACAAGCUAUAUCUCUUACUGGUAGGUUAUUUCACUUUAGUUAUGUUAAUUCUGAAUCCGUGAGAAAAAACACUGCUUUUACUCCUGUACUCAAAAAUCAAAUAUCAUCACUCUUUAUCGAUAUUAGUAAAGGUAAAAAGAUAUCAGAAAUUAAUGACAAUAAAACUAUAUUUAAACAUAUCUUUACUAUGCUCACCAAUUUACAACAUUUAAAUUUUGGACCAUCUUUGAUGUAUCAUCAACGAUUUUCAUUUAACACGCCAUCUCCCAAUGUGAUUUCCUCAAAUCUAUUAGAAUUACAUAUUACUGUGUUUUCUUUCAUUGAUGUACUUUAUUUACUUGAUGGACGUUUCAAUCAACUUCGUACAUUUCAUGUUAAAGUUCAUCACAUUCAUAGCAGGAGUUCAAAUAUCGAUAGUGAGGAAAAAUUACCUAAUCUAAGAUGUUUUUCACUAUCUUCUGAUAUGCGUGUGCAUUUUUAUGAUGAAUCAAUUCUACCACUUCUGCAUCGAAUGUUAAAUUUAGAAAAACUUGAUUUAAAUGUUAGACUCCAUCAUUAUAAAGGAUUUAUCGACGGAAAUGAUUUAAAAAAAGAUAUUAUCAAUUAUAUGCCACGAUUAAAUAAAUUUACAUUUAAUAUUCGCGUAAUCAAUAAUUUCCCUAAUCAAAUGAAUUUUCCUUCAAAUGAAGAUAUUCAAUGUACAUUCAAUGAUUUUAAAGAUGAUCAAAUUGUUUCUUGUGUUAAUCUCUUCCAAGAAAACCACUAUAAUUAUUGUCAUAUUUACACAUGUCCAUAUAGAAUGAAAUAUUAUGAUAUUAUUACAAAUAAUUUUCCAGGUGGAUUAUUUAACUAUGUUUAUAAAGUAUCGUUAUUUGAUGAACAUCCAUUUGAAUAUGAUUUUUUUCGUCAAAUUGCUCGAUCAUUUCCAUUUAUGAAAGAAUUAACUGUAACUAAUAAUAAACCACAGAAGAAUAAAUUAUAUAAAAAAUCAAAGAACGACAAUCAAGAUUUAUCAAUUAUUAAAUAUCUGCAUUUGACUAAACUAAAUCUUUAUGAAGCUCAUUAUGAUUACAUUGAACAAUUCCUGCUUGAUACAGAAGUCUAUUUUCCGGAUAAAGUUCAUCUUACUCUCUAUUAUGAAGAACUAAAAAGGGUUACAGAAAAUUUCUCAAGAGAUGCAACACGAAUCAAUUGUGCAAAAGUCUUUUCGUUAUGGCUACGUGGUGAAUAUGGAGUUACUGAAGAACUGACGGACUAUUUUCCUCAGGCAAAAAGAUUUUGA